GAUUGCGUGUAACCAUGCUCUCUACUGAGCAAGAACUGAAAGUGUCGCGCAUGAACAAGCGUUCUCAGAACAAGAAACUAUUCGGUCGUGAUAAUUAUAGACUACGAGAAUUCGUUCUACAGCCAUUCUGCAUUCGGUAUUUCGAAGUCAGUGGAGGCAACCGUGGAAAGGAGAAAGGACAGUUGGCACUGAGUAAUAUAAAGUUUAUCGAAAAGGUGCAAGAUGAUGAUUUGGACAACAAGAAGAAUGUUUUUCAGAUCGCUUAUGCAGAAGAUCCCGUUUCUACUUCAUGGUACCUGCUUUAUAUCGUCGCCAACUCGGCUAUUGAACGUGAUGAUUGGAUCAGUUUAGUCCGAUUUUAUACUGGUGAACGUGGAGCUCGGUUUGUCCCGUUGCAUCAUCCUGGUGUAUGGAAACGACCAGGAAGAUACACUUGUUGUGAUGCUAUUGACCGACUCUCAAUGGGAUGCCAACCAACCAACGAGCCGGGUCCUCCUGUCGUUGUGGAGCGGCUUUGGCGCGUUGUUUCCGGUGCUGACCAGCCUCACCUUGGCCAACUUCCCUCUGCACAACAACCCACACUGCCGUCACAGCAGCAACAACAACUCAUGACCGCUGGGACGACACCCCCCAACAGUUCAUCUCCAUCAGCUUACCCGUCCAUGAAUGUCCAACAGAGUACAACGUCAAGUUCCCUCCCCUGUGCUGAUAUCACGUCCACGGGCAUCCAGUCCGCAGGCGCUGCAAUGCUUAGCAUGCACCCUACUCCAAUUUCGUUGUCAGCGGUACAUGGGACGACCACAUCCCCAGUGACCCUGUCCACUCCACAUUCCGGUGUUAUACUGUCCACACAAGCCGUCGGCUCUACUACCACGAGUCCGGCUGCUCUGUUCCAGAUCCAACAGCAACAACAAAUUGCCUUACUUGGUGGUGUCAAUAUGAGUCCGUUUGCAAACCCUACCAAUGCUCUCCGACGUUCGAGCCAUAAUCCGAACCGAACUCAGUUGGUGCGCUGCACACACCAGCCCCUGUUUGAUAUGGAUGACAAUGAGAACACCGUGAUUGCAGUGCACAACUACAAUCCAGUACGGGAAAACCAGCUGCCGUUAAAAAAGGGCGAAAAAUACUACGUUGUCAAUCAGAGCAACGCACAGUGGUGGUACGUACGGAAUGCAGAUGGCCAGUUGGGUUACGUACCGACCAACUAUGUACACAAGCCAAACAGUCUCAGUUCGUUCGACUGGUACUACAAAGAUAUCACCCGUCAACAAGCCGAGGCUAUCCUUUUGGAUGAGGGACGUGAGGGUUGUUUUCUAGUCCGGGAUUCCGUUAGUAAAAAGAAUACCUACACUUUGUCCGUGACCUCCAAAGAUCCCGAAGUCCCUGGUAAGCUGAAAGUCCACCACUAUCACAUACAUCGGACUGAGACCGUGACUGCCAAUGGUCAUCCCAACGGGAAUGGCCUGACGAAUGGGACCACUCCAGUCACCAGCAACGGGAAUGCACCGAAUAACUGUCGCCUGGGCACACCGAAUACCGGUACAGAAGCUCAAUACUAUUUGUCAGAAAAACAUGCUUUCCCCACAAUCAGUGAUGUGAUUCACUACCACAAGCACAAUUCUGGUGGUUUGGUUGUACGACUGCGUUCCCCACCCACAAAAGAUCGUGAAAGUCCAGUCACUGCGGGAAUGGGAUUGGACUUGUUCGAAUUGGAUCCUGCGGAACUUCAACUGGAACCUAAGCCUAUCGGAAAGGGACAAUUUGGGUGUUUCCUUAUUCACGUAAACAGUCCUUCACACUAUCCUAAUUUCAAUAUCUCUCUCCUUGAACAGGUUGUCAAGCGAGGCAAAUUCCGAAACACUCCGGUUGCUGUCAAACAAAUGGUUGAAGGAGCAAUGAAUGAGGACGACUUCAUCGAGGAGGCCAAGAACAUGAGUCGUGAAAGUAGAGUAGCUAAGAAAGCUUUAAAGAUUGCUCAGCUCCACGAGUAUCGGGUUAAGCCAGAGGUCGAGCUCCAGCGGGCACACAGCAAAACCGAGUUAGUCAAAAUUGAGCUAGAGGCCGAAGAGAACUCACGAGAUGAAGUCUGGGAACCAGUGGCCUCAAAUGAACGAGUAACGCGCUAUCUGAAGACUAGAGCGAUCCAUUUGGAGAUGGCAGGCAAUCUGUCGACCGAUUUAUUCCUACACUGUUUGAUUCGAUUCUUUGGUGGACGUGGCGAACCCAUCGAUAUCUACAGUGAUAGUGGUACGAACUUCGUUGGUGCGUCACUGGAAUUUCGGGAUGAUAUAAAGCGGUGGAGUCCGAGUAAAAUAUCAGACCGGCUUUUGACGAUGGAUAUACAGUGGCAAUUCAACCCACCGGCAGCUAGCCACCGUGAUGAUGUGUGGGAGCGUAUAAUCAGGUUCCUCAACCACCCGAAUCUCGUACAACUGUUCGGUGUGGUUCUUAAGAAAAGACCGAUCAUGAUCAUCACUGAGUACAUGAAGCACGGCUCGUUGCGUGAUUUUAUGCGGCAGAGACAGUCGCAUUUCUACAACCGUCCCGUUGUGAUGGCCGAUAUUUGUGCCCAGGUUGCCAAUGCCAUGGCCUAUCUGGAACAGGAACAGUUUGUCCAUCGUGAUUUGGCCGCACGAAAUUGCCUGGUAAAGUCAAUCAGUCGGAACUCGGUGCAUGUGAAGGUAGCUGAUUUUGGGAUGGCGCGUUUCCUACUGGACAGUGUAUAUGAACCGAGUGCGGGGACUAAAUUCCCCGUAAGGUGGGCUCCACCCGAAGUUUUUCAAUCCAUAUACACAGCCAAAGCUGAUGUUUGGAGUUUUGGUGUCCUUAUGUGGGAAGUCUUCACUUGUUGUGCGGAGAUUCCCUACCAGGGGAAGAACAACAAUGAAGUAUACCAACACAUAAUUGCUGGUGGUCGGUUACAAAAACCAGCUGUCUGUCCUCAGAACAUCUACGUACUCAUGCUCGAGUGCUGGCAACACGAUCCCGGAAGAAGACCGUCCUUCGAGUACAUCUGCCAGAAAAUUGGCGGAUACUUAGACCAGAAUUUGGAGAAUUGAAUUCCACCUACAGCCGGUUUCUGCUUUUCUUAUGACACAGAUCAACAUUAGCUCGUGUGAUAUCCCUAUCAAGCCACUCAGGUAGGGUUUGGUCCGGUGCCAACAACUCUGGCCAAUUUCGAAUUUCGCUACUGACCUCGACAUCGCGCCUCCACUCCUGUGUCACAUGGUCCUCAAGCAAACGAGGCUGCUUAAUUUCGUUCUCUAAUAUCAUCUCUCGAGCAGUUCAGUUUGACUUGCCCAACUGUUCCAUUCUGGGUUCAUUCCUCCUUGCCAUUGCUGUUGCUUUUCUACCAGUGGAUUUCAUCGCUUUUUUUUACCAGCAGUCUACCUUUCGAGUCCAAUAAUUCUCACUUAUUGAUGCGCUUAUCUAUGUAUCAUCCACUUCUCCAGCAUCCUUGGUUUGGAUUAAAACGAAGCAUUUUUUCCCUGUCGAUCUCCCUGUCCCUACCUCCAGCGUUUUUUACCGAAUAAGUCGACUGAUGUUUACUCUUGCAUUCAUCAAACUGACACAAAUGUCAACAACUACGCAGGUGGAUUUCUUUUGUACGCUGUUUUGAUUUCAUCAGCACAGUAGGCCAAUGCGUGGGUUGUCCCCGACGUUUGUCUUUGGUAGGACUAUACACUUGCGCACUAACACUUUUCUAUUUUUCUAUUGAUACGUACAAUCCAGUUAUCUCUUCCCACCCUUGGCCUUCCCAUAGCUGUCAUUACAGUCAGUUCACAAGCCUAUGCUUUUGCCGACAUUCUCACUGUAUUUUUUUCGAUCUGGUUUCUGUUUUUUGCCGGUUGGUCUGGUGCUGAGCGAUGUUCCGACUCUUCAAUUGUACAAAAUAACAACGAUUAUUGUUUUCC